AUGGCAGAUGUAGCAGAAAUAGACAUCGACUCUGUCAUUGAAAGAUUACUCGAAGUACGAGGGUGUCGACCUGGCAAGCAAGUACAGUUAGUGGAAUAUGAAAUUAGGUAUCUCUGUACGAAGGCACGAGAAAUUUUUAUAUCGCAACCGAUACUUCUUGAAUUAGAAGCACCGAUAAAGAUUUGCGGUGACAUACAUGGUCAAUAUUAUGAUCUUUUAAGGUUAUUUGAGUAUGGUGGUUUCCCACCCGAGGCAAAUUACUUGUUUCUUGGAGACUAUGUAGACCGAGGGAAGCAAUCGUUGGAAACAAUCUGUCUCUUAUUGGCCUAUAAAAUAAAAUACCCAGAAAACUUUUUCAUCCUACGUGGAAACCACGAAUGCGCAAGUAUCAACCGCAUUUAUGGAUUUUACGAUGAAUGCAAACGAAGGUACAAUAUUAAAUUGUGGAAGACAUUCACUGAUUGCUUCAAUUGUUUACCAAUUGCCGCAAUCAUCGAUGAAAAAAUUUUUACAAUGCAUGGUGGCUUAUCACCCGACCUUCGGAAUAUGGAACAGAUUCGAAGGGUCAUGCGUCCGACUGAUGUGCCGGAUACUGGUCUGCUGUGCGACUUAUUAUGGUCUGACCCAGAUAAAGAAGUCGCUGGUUGGAAUGAAAACGAUCGUGGCGUAUCCUUCACAUUUGGUCCCGAUAUUGUCAGCGAGUUUUUAAAAAGGCAUGAUAUGGAUUUGAUAUGUCGAGCGCAUCAAGUAGUGGAGGAUGGAUAUGAGUUUUUUGCCAAACGGCAGCUUGUCACACUUUUCUCUGCACCAAAUUAUUGUGGAGAAUUUGACAAUGCAGGGGCAAUGAUGAGCGUAGACGAGACGCUUAUGUGCUCGUUCCAGAUCUUAAAACCUGCAGAACGAAAGCCUAAAUAUUACGGUAAUACUGGAGGUCGACCGGGCACAACUCCGCCACGUAGAAAGAAGAAUAAUAACCAAACGAAGGGUCAAUAA